AUGAGUGUGGAGCAAAUCCGAAUGCGCAUGGCCAAAUUGAGUGCGGCGGGCACGGCGUCGUCAGCAGGACGAGGUCAGAUGUCGGGAGUUUCUUCACCGCAAUCGACAGCUGGUGGUUCGACUAAGGAAGUCGACAAGCCGAUGCGGAGACAGUCUUCGUCUGCUGCCGUGGCGCCUGCCGGGGCCGCCAAGCAGGCGAGUGGCGAGUUGGCCGGCCUGACUGAUGAAAUUCUGGUCUUCUGCCAUCUGCUGGACUCGUCGAGACGUCGCGCGCUAGAUGACUGUGUCAACUUGCGACAAACGAUUCGCGAGCUUGAAAAACUGCUGGAGUCCUCCCGACAAAGGGAAGUGAGUCACCUUAGCUAUGUCGAGCAGCAGCGGGAAGCUAUUGGUAUGUUUGAGAAACGAUACUAUUCCUUGAAAAGCAGGGCGAGGGGCUUGAUGAAAGAAGCGCAAGAAACUCAGGAGAAACUAAAGGUGGAGUUGGAUGAUCUCCGAGCUAAGUAUAAGAAUGCGGAGACGAGUUUGUACUCCACUCAAACGUUGUUAGAUGACCAGGCUAGGGAGCUCGAGCAGCUCAGGGCGCAAACUAAGAACUCCCUGUCUGAAAAAGAGAUCCAAAAUAUGAGGCUGAAAUUGCUUAAAUUGGAGGACGAGAACGGUCGGUUAGCUACAGAGCGACAAGCCCUUGUCGCCCAGUUGGAGGGGAAAGGGUCGGUGCAGCCGAAGAGCAAAAAGGAUGAAGAUAUGACUGAGAAGCUGCGGCAAGAAAACGAGUCUCUGAGAGAGAGGCUUGAAGAAGUCACCAGACAAAAAGACGAGUUCCAAGAC